UCUGAAUUCUCUCGUUUCCCAUAAGAGAAAUUGCCUAAGAAAUGGUGUAUUCUUUGAAAAUCAAAACUUAGGAAAAAAGACCUAUGUAUUUUGGUUUAUUAGUUUUAUCGAUAUUAGGAUGUGGGUCCCAACUGCGUUGGUUUGGCCUUGGGUUGGGGGAGUAGAGUACUCUUGUCUUCUAGAAUGUAUUGUAUGAGUAUCUACAACAACUACCUCAUUUUUGGUUAGAUAUUACACUUGUUCGAUUUGACAGAAAAGAAAAUGCAGAGUUUGCAAGCCAAGGCAUCCCAGUGGAGUGGAGUUGACUCCGCCGAUGCUUUCGCCAUUGACACCACUAAUCUCUUCAACAAAUUAGGCCUCCAGACAUUCAUAAAUCUCUCCACCAAUUUCUACAAUAGGGUAUAUGAUGAUGACGAAGAGUGGUUUCGUAUAAUCUUUGCUAAUUCGAAGAAAGAGGAGGCCAUUCAAAACCAAUAUGAAUUUUUUGUUCAGAGAAUGGGAGGGCCGCCUCUCUACUCUCAGAGAAGAGGGCAUCCUGCUCUAAUUGCUCGUCACCGACCAUUUCCAGUAACUCAUCAAGCUGCAGAGAGGUGGUUGCAUCACAUGCAACUAGCAUUGGACGCUACCUCAGAUAUCGAUGCAGAUUCAAAAGUUAAAAUGAUGAAUUUUUUCAGGCACACAGCGUUCUUCCUUGUAGCUGGAGAUGAGUUGAAGAAGAAUCAAAUCCAGCCAACCCCGUGCAAGUCCGGGAGCAGCAAUCACCAAACAUGAUGAAAUAUCUUCAAUAUUCUCUAGACUUGAGACCAGGGGAGGAAAGUGGCUACGAACUCUAGGGAAACUGUUUAAGAUUGUCCAUAAUGCAUGAACACCUAACUCCUGUUGUCAUUGCUACAUCAUGAAAAGGACACUGCAUUUCAUGUGAUCAUUUGAUCAUGUUCAUUAUAAGUUUAUAACAAGACUUUUCUAUACAGGGACCGGCCCAGAUAUUUCAUUGGAGAUGGAAUUAUUUAUAAUUUUAAGUUUACAUUUUCUUUUAUUUAUACUACUUGUGGCUUUUCUAGGAAAAAUUCAUCUUUGGGUUGUGGAUGGUCAAUGGUUUGCUUGUAAAACACAAGUCUCAUAAAUAAAUUUGUUCAAAACAAUAAAAAGUAUAGUAAAUCUCGCUAAAUGAACGUUGGUACAUUUCUUAUC